CAAGCUUUUCGUUGAAGGUGAGGCGCAGCGCUAUUCCGAGCAUGCGCAAACGUUGUUGCUAACAAUUCGUGCACUGCGCGAUGGUUCAGAGCUUGAUUUGAUUCGUGGCGAGAGCUUGCUGUCGUUGGAUCAUGCCACGCGUCUUCGCCUUAUCACCAAAACAUACAGGUUUGUCUUUUUGUGA